AUGAAGUCAUUUCGGAAUCGGCGCCGUCGACGACAAGACAUCAAGCCCGGCCAGCCGCUCAAGUCGCGUUCAAGCCCUGCGAUGGCCGCGCUGUUGUGCCAAGUGCUGCCUCGACCACUCUCCGACGACAGUAAGUACUGCGUCGAUGCGUCUCUCUCUCCUGUGCUGCCACAGAUGAAGCAUGAAACCGAUCCGGUCAAGGUGGGCGACAUGGUGCUGCUGCCGGACGGCCUCAUCCGCCUCACGUGCACGGCCGUGGGCCAGGGCGAGAUCACGUGCCAGAUCAAGAAGACAGAGGAGAUCGGCAGUCCCAGAGGCGUGAACCUGCUCGGUCUCGUAGUGGAACUACCGGCGCUGUUGGAGAAGGACACCCGCGACCUGGACUGGGGCGUGGAGCACGACAUCGACUUCGUCGCGGCGUCCUUCAUCCGCAAGGCCAGUGAAGUACAAGAGAUCCGCCCGUUCAUUCGUAGACGAGUGCACUGGCCGCUCGAGCCCAAGUUCGUCGCGCCCAAGAACUCUUCAAGGUGGAGAGCCUGGAGGGCGUGCAGAACUUCAAGAAGAUCCUCGAGGCCUCGCAAUGUGCCGUUCCUGCUUACGAAUAUGAUCAUCGACCGCUCCCGGAGCGGUCGAUGA